UCGAUGUUCUUUCCACGUGCGGCUUUUCCAUUACUGUAAUUUUAUGUUUUGUAUCGGUGUUCGGAAAGGAAUCGUAUUGUUUUAGCCAUGUUAGUCCUUUUCGAAACGUCGGCAGGCUAUGCGAUCUUUAAGCUCCUCGAUGAGAAGAAAUUGCACAAGAUCGAUAACCUGUAUAAGGAUUUUGAAACGCCAGAUGCCGCCAGCAAAGUGGUUAAAUUAAAGCAUUUUGAAAAGUUCAAUGAUACAACUGAAGCCUUAGCAGGAGAAGCUUAGUUUGAAUUGUGUCUCCAGCUCAGCAGUUCAAGAACUCAUGAGAGGAAUAAGGCUACAGCUUGAAAGCCUUAUCACAGGUCUUCCUAACAAAGAAAUGAGUGCUAUGGCCUUAGGAUUAGCCCACAGCUUGUCACGUUAUAAGCUCAAGUUCAGUCCAGACAAAAUAGACACCAUGAUUGUCCAAGCAAUAUCUUUACUGGAUGACCUGGAUAAGGAACUCAACAACUAUGUGAUGCGUUGCCGUGAGUGGUAUGGCUGGCAUUUUCCUGAAAUGGGCAAGAUUGUCACUGACAACCUAGCGUUUGCAAAGACUGUCAAAACCAUGGGCACUCGUUUAAAUGCUGAUAAAACUGAUUUGUCUGAGAUUCUGCCUGAGGAAGUUGAGGAGGAGGUCAAAGCUGCUGCAGAGAUUUCCAUGGGAACUGAGAUCUCUGAGGAAGACAUGAAUAACAUCAUUUACCUCUGUGAUCAGAUCAUUGAAAUGACCGACUACCGCGCUCAGCUGUAUGAUUACCUCAAGAAUCGAAUGACAGCCAUUGCUCCAAACCUGACUGUGCUUGUUGGAGAACUUGUUGGUGCCAGACUUAUAGCCCAUGCAGGGUCACUCUUAAAUUUAGCUAAGCAUCCAUCGUCAACAGUUCAGAUCUUGGGUGCUGAAAAGGCUUUGUUCAGAGCACUCAAAACAAAACGUGAUACUCCCAAAUACGGUCUGAUCUUCCAUGCAUCGCUUGUGGGUCAAACAAAUCCAAAACACAAAGGAAAGAUUUCUAGAAUGCUGGCUGCUAAAGUGUCCCUUGCAGCGCGAGUCGAUGCCUUGGGGGAAGACAGUGGAACGGCCAUGGGUGUUGAAAAUAGAGCAAAGCUUGAAAUGAGGUUGAAGGCGCUCGAAGAAAAUCAGUUGAGAAGAAUCAGUGGUACUGGCAAGGCUAAAGCAAGAGUAGACAAAUACGAAAACAAAAGAAGCACGAGCAAACUGUCGCAUCCAGCGAGGUCAGCACAAAAGGCCAACGACGGGGAGACGCCGGCCAAAAAGUCAAAGAAAGAAAAGAAGAAAAAGAAGAAGAAGAGUGAAGAAUCGAAAGAUGAAGACGAUGACGAACAACUAGAGACCUCCGCGGCUGUGACCCCAAAGAGCGAAGAAAAAAAGAAAAAGAAAAAGAAGAAGGUAAAAAAGGAACAAGACUCAGAUUAACAUAAUUAUGAUCUGAUUUAAUUCACUUUGUACAUGUUUUACAGUAAAUUGUUCUCCGAUGCC